UCUGUCUCUCUGAAACAAUCAUCGACUACUUCGAAGCUGUGAAACAAUCCCUUUCCUUCACCUUCACUUUCUUCAUUCUCCAGGAAUCACUUCUCCUUCAAACCAUCUCUUCUUGAGUAUAUAUAUCAUAACCACACCAUGCCCCUUCUUCAUCACAUUUCGACCUCUCUGCAACUUCCGAUUGAUUUGUUGUUUCAAUUCAUCUUCUCUAUAUCUCUUCGCAUUCAUAGAUGGCAUCCAAAAAACCCCAAUUGGAUUCUCAAGUGACCGGAAAGAAAAAGAAAUUUCAAGAACCUGCUGUCACCGCCAUGCCGGUGGUGCCGUUCAAGUACUCGAACAGGGUAGUUCUGAAAUCUAUAUUGCAGCGGAUGGAUGGCGGUCUUGGAUUGGUGGGUCAGAGGGUUGUUAUAGGGGGCUGGGUGAAGGCCUCUAAAGAGGAGAAGGAAGAGCAUCCACCUCUGCCUCCGCCGCCGCCACUGGCAGAUGAUGAAAGACCUGGUCCGGCUUCACCCAAACAUGAGAGCCGUGUGGGGAUUGUUCAGUCUCGGAUUCCGUUUUUCCGGUCGAUUAUGAAGGUUUUGGGUGGUCCUGCUAAACCCCCAAUUCGGGAGAAGUUGGAGGCUGUGAGGCCGGCGACUGCUAAACCAGCUCCUUCUUCAAUUGUCUUAUUGGUUAUUAGUGACGGCUCGUGCGUUGCUGGUCUUCAGGUUGUGGUGGACACAUCUUUGGCUUUCCCAAGCCAGAUCAUGCCUACUGGAACUUGUAUAUUAGCGGAAGGUGUAAUUAGGCAGCCAUCUGUGCAGGGAAAACAUGCCAUUGAACUUAAAGCAGAGAAAGUUCUUCAUAUGGGGACGGUUGAUCAAGAUACGUAUCCGCUAUCAAAGAAACAAAUACCAUUGGAGUCCCUAAGAGACUGUUCCCAAUUUCGACCACGGACAACCACGGUGGCAUCUGUUGUGCGAAUCCAUAGUGCUCUGACUUCUGCAAGUCAUACAUUCUUCCAAAACAAUGGAUUUCUUCAUGUGCAAGUACCUAUUAUCACAACCACUGAUUGUGAUGGGUUCAGCGAAAAGUUUCAGGUUACAACUCUUUUUGGAAAAGCAGGUAAAAUGGCAGAGCCAACUGCCAAGGAUACAGAAGAUGUCAGUCUUGAAGUUGUUAUGGCUGCUAUAAAGGAAAAAAGUAGUCUAGUUGAAGAACUAAAAAGAAGUGACAGCAAUAAGGAAGCACAUUUUGCUGCAGUCCAGGAUUUAAGGAAAGCAAAGGCAUUAGCAUCACAGUUAGAAGCAAGAGAAAAGUCAAAACAGCGAACUUCGUUGAAGACUGAUACUGUAAAACUCCCAGAGGAUUUCUUCCCUAGCGAGACUUAUCUAACUGUUUCUGGUCGCCUUCAUCUGGAGAGCUAUGCCUGUGCACUUGGAAAUGUUUAUUCUUUUGGACCCAGAUUUCAUGCAGAUAGAACAGUUUCUACCAAACAAGCUGCAGAAAUGUGGAUGGUUGAGAUUGAAAUGGCAUUUUCAGAAUUGGAGGAUGCCAUAAAUUGUGCAGAAGACCAUCUCAAGUUCAUCUGCAAAUGGGUGUUCGAAAAUUGUGCAGAAGAUAUGAAUUUUGUAUCAAAACGAAUUGACAAAAUGAGCAUUGAUCGUCUCCAAUCAACGAUAUCAAGUUCGUUUGAGAAAAUAUCUUACAUGGAAGCAGUGGAUGCUCUGAAAAAGAUUACAGGUAAGAUAUUUGAGACAAAACUUGAGUGGGGUGUGGCGCUGACACCAGAACAUCUAAGUUAUUUGGCUGAUGAGAUCUAUAAGAGGCCUUUAAUUAUAUACAAUUAUCCAAAAGGAACAAAGCCAUUUUAUGUACGCAUCAACGCUGAUGGUAAAACAGUAGCCGCAUUUGAUAUGAUUGUGCCAAAGGUGGGAACAUUGGUAACAGGUAGCCAGAAUGAGGAACGCAUCAAUGUGAUAGAGGAAAGGAUUAAGGAAUCAGGCUUGCCUCGAGAGCAGUACGAAUGGUAUUUAGAUCUUCACAGGCAUGGGACUGUCAGGCACUCCGGAUUCAGUAUCAGGUUCGACCUUAUGGUUCUCUUCAUCACUGGCCUCGUUGAUGUCAGGGAUGUUGUUCCCUUUCCUCGAAGUUUUGGCAAAGCCGGCUACUAAACAAGGUUCUGGCACAAACUACACUCCAGAAAAUGGCGCUUUACGACGUACUGAAGAAUAAGAAAGAAAAUGAAGAAGACAGUUGCAUGACAGAUACACCGUGCUCUCACCUCAAAGAGGUUGGCUGCCAUACAGUAGCCAUGCUUGUUUUUUUUUUUUUCCCUUUUUUUUUUUUUUUUUUUGAAAAGGUCAAAAGACCCAAUAUAUAUUUCAGAACUCACCACGUGAGUAAAAGAAAUGGAGACCAUCAAAGGUACUCGGGCCACCAUAAUGAUGGAAUACAACCAAAAUAAGAAAGUUGGACAAAACAUAUAAUAAUAAGACAUAAAUCAGCUUAUAAGACACCUUAUACUGAUUCUCCUCCUAGGCCUUGCAUAUCUCUUUCCCAAGCUAGCUUCUCUGCAUAAACAAUAUUCACAACCGAGCUAGGAACUUCCUCAAUCCAGAGCUGCAUGUCUUGGACGAGGAGCGCAUGUUUGGCCAUGGAAUGAGCAGCCAA